AUGAGCAACGCUACUGAUGUAAGCAUUAGUGCUGACUCCAGAUACAUCAAAGGAUCUUACUGUACUCCAAGAAACUACUUCCAAAACCAAAAUUCUGCGGCGUCAACAGGCUUAGGGAAAUGGGUCCACAAAUAUGUCUUAUUUGCGAUAUCUUCAGAUCCUCUCAUCUGCAUAAUUGGAAAGAGAGUAACACUAGAUACUGCUAUGGAAACGGAACUGGUUGGACAUAUAUUAUUGCUGGAUUACAAGGUGUUUGCCAUGACCUUAAAUGCUAUUAGGGAGCUAGUAUUUAAAUUUGCGCAGAAAAAUAAUCUAACGCACCGGUUUAACAAAGACAAGACCAAGGCAGGAUAUGUCUGGGUAUAUUCUUUCUUAGAAAGACACCCUAAUGUUUCAAUAAGAAAAGUACAAGGCUUGUGCUAUGCAUGUUCCAGAUGUCUCAAUAGAGACGAAGUUCGAAAAUGUUUUGACAAUUUACAGAAAAUGUAUGAUGCGUUGAACUUGUGGGAAGAACCGGUAAGAAUUUUGAAUGCCGAUGAAACUGGACUGCAGCUAAUUUUCAAACCUGACAAAGUGAUUUCUUGCAAAGGCAAAAAAGAUGUAAACCACAACACGACAGAAGAAAAGGGGUCUACUGUUACUGCCAUGGUUUGUAGCAGCGCAACAGGAAGUGCCAUCCUCCCAUUUGUCAAAAUGAAGGGUUUUAGGCAAAAAUCGUCUUAUUCCAAAGGUUUACCAAAUGGGUCAACGUUAGAGAUGUCAGACUCUGGAUACAUGACAAGCGAAGUCUUCAAUAAAUUUCUUGACCAUCUGAACAAACACAAACCACAAGGAAAGAUUUUACUCAUUAUAGAUGGACACGCAAAGAUCCGGAUACACUGCAUAAAGCGUCAAUGUUCGGAAUUGAGAUGCUAUGCCUCCCUCCCCCUUGAUGUUUCAUACUUCAAGAGCCUGAAACAUUUUAAUAAUGAGGCAUGCAAGAACUUUGUUUAG